AUAAAAGUUGAAGGUCUCUGGGAUUUUCUUGCAUUCUUACUUUCUGCAGCCUCUUGUUCUUAUCUGAAAGAAAAAUGAACGGAUUUGCUGCAGUCCUCGUUUUGCUGGGAGUCUUUUGGACUCAGACUUCUGCAUUGGAGACUUUUACCCUGCAAGAACCUCAAAAUGACUAUGUCACUGGAACUAUGACUAUUGACAACGAGAAGCACAUUGUUGAUGUCCAUGUCCGUUCUGGCCUGUACUCCUCUGAUACCAUUUUUGACUACGUGCAUGGAUAUAUUGCAACAAGAUUAUUUUCACGAAAUGCCUGCUUUAUCAUGAAAAUAAAUAAGGAAUACAUCCCAGAUCUGGAAGAAAUGGGACGGCUGGCUUUUGAGAGACAGACUAUGAACACAGUAUACUCUCCAUAUAGUGUGUGGGUACAGUUUCAAUCGGGCCAUUCCAGACUUGGACGUAUGAAAGACUGGCUUGUCUACGGUAAAGCCAUUGAACAACUCUGCACGGGUCUUCCUCUCUACCAGCUUGCAGAAACUCAACCACUAAUCAAUGCUAAUGGCUGUGCCAAUGCAGGAGUUCCAAGCAUUUUGGGCAUUAAAAUCUGUGAAAAAAUCAAUUAGGCUGGAUCUUGACAAUUCUGCUGUAUGGAAACAGCUUGUUUCUUGGCAUGCUUUUGUGAUGGGAGAUGUUCUCCAACUGGAACAAAACUUGG